AUGCUCAGGGAUUCUGAUAUAGAUUCCUUGAACUUGCACCUGACAUCCUUAUCGCGCGAGAAUGAGCGCCAUCAGCAGAACCUCCAGGAUGUACUGGAGCAAUUCAAGACUCUGCUUGAGGAUUACAGUUCCCUCAAAAGCGAUUAUGAGGAAGUGAAAGAAGGGCGUGAAAAAUACAAGAAGCAGGCUCGUGGCCAGGAUCGCAACCCCUUCGUGCUGGUUCUUAUUGAUGGCGAUGGGUAUCUGUUCAAGGAACACUUCCUCAAGGCCGGUAGCGAGGGUGGCAUCAAUGCCGCCCGUGAAUUAAGUGACUCCAUUCGGGAGCUUAUGCACUCUACAAUGGGCAUACAGGCCGAUCAAUGCCGAAUCAUGGUCCGCGUCUACGCUAAUAUUCUUGGGCUGUCGAAAGCUCUGGCGCGGGCUGGAUUGGUUGGUCAUGAAGCCCGGUCUCUUGCACCCUUUACUUCCGCAUUCAAUCGUGCGCAAGACCUUUUCGAUUUUGUCGAUGCUGCCGAAAAAAAGGAGGGCAGUGACUUCAAGAUCAGAGAAAUGUUCCGCUUAUUCUCAGAGAUUAACCAAUGUCGUCAUAUUUAUUUUGCAGGUUGCCAUGACAGUGGCUUCGGUUCUUUGCUGACCCCAUAUAGGGGUAGAAGUGACCGAAUCACCCUCAUUAAGGGUCCUCAAUUCCAUCGCGAAUUUGAGUCAUUGGACUUGCCCAUCAGAGAACUACCCUCGGUAUUCAUGUCAACCUCGUUGCCUGCCCCAAAAUUGGUUGCUCCACUCUGCAAUAUCACCACCACGACUAUCAACACCAAGGUGACCAGUACCGCAAAUGGCAAUAACACUAAGCCUAUCGUCGUCUGCAAGCACUUCCAGAAGGGAAUUUGUAAGUUUGGCAAUGGUUGCAACAAGCAGCACACCAUGCCAACCCAACAGCUGUCUAAGCCCGCAAUUGAAUCUCCAAAGCAGCUGUGGUCUACUCCAACAAUUACGGGCCGUUCUCAGGAUUUCCUCGCCUCUGUCUUGCCAGAGCAAAGCCGAAAGUCCGAAGAUUUUAUCCCUAUCAAUCAGUACGGUGAUCGCAUCGAUAUCUACUGCCCCCAUCCGCCCCCGGAAGCUAUGGAUGAAUAUCACCGCCGUGCCAAGGAGCGCAAGGUCUGCAACAGCUACCAUCUCUCUGGUGAAUGUGGCGAUAUGAGUUGCCAAUUUGACCACAGCGACGUCUCCAAUACAAUUGUUGAUGUCCUCCGGUAUAUUCUGUUGCAGCACCCUUGCCCUCAGGCCGGAGCCUGCCGGUCUAUUAAGUGCUAUAUGGGACACAUAUGCCAGAAGCCCAACUGCAAGGCUGUCAAGAGCUGGCAAUGCCGCUUUAACCAGCGCGCACACUCCCUCGACCUUGAAAUUUCUCAGUGGGUUGUACCCAUUGAGCAUGUCGAUAUCGAGCAGUCGUCAUCGAGCGGUGACUCUUUUGAAGGAACCUCCCCGAGCACUAUCUUCUUCAGUUAG